AUGACGCUUCCGAACCGCAGCGGGUACGUCCCGGGCCCGCGCCGACAGCCACGAGCAGAGACGACAGCAGCGCUGCCGCGUCGAGUUCGAGGAGACCCACCGUUGAGAGCAGCGCCCGAGACGAUGCAGCGGGAGCUGCGGCUGAUGCUGCGGUCGCUGUCGCCUGCUGCUGGCGGAGCGGCUCUGCCGUCGGUGGGUCCGACCUCUGCAGCGAGUGCGGCGUUGGUGGGGCAGUGCCGCAAUCAGUUGCUCGAGGACGAGUCGUUCCAAGCGAACGAGCGUUUCCAGGGACUGCUGCUGUUGGCCAAUCACUCGGCGGUCGACGCCGCACCCGGUGCGGUCGAUCCCUUUGCUGCAGCGAUGGCGCAGAUGCCAACGAGUCCACAGUCCCCUCCUUUAGCGUUCAGCGCGUCCAGCGACGGCGAAGAAGAGGCGGGCGAGACGAGCCGAUCGCCGCCGUACGUGGAAGCCGAGUCGUUGCAGACUAUGGCCCAUGCGGCGCGCACAGUGGUGCAAGACCCAACAGUCUCAGCAGAACAGCAGCAGCAGUACUCUUCACCGAGUCCUGCCAGUGCGGAGAAAGGCGGCAGCUCGGCACCUCAGCUGCCAAUGUCUCUGGCGGGAAUCUCGCCCUACGCCAUGGAGCUCGCGGCUCGCAACAGUUUGCCCAAGAAACGCUCGAGUCUUUCCAAGGUGUCCAAGAAGCUGAUGCACGACUGGUUUGAGCACAAUUUGCACCAUCCGUAUCCGACAGAAGAGGAGAAGGACUGGCUGGCUCAACGAGGCGGCAUUACACUAGAACAGGUCAACAACUGGUUCAUCAACACGCGCGGUCGAAAGUGGAAGCCCAUGCUCAAUCGACUCAUGGCGGAGAAACAAGCGGGAGACUGCAAGUUGUACGACCAAAUGGUGGAGAAGAUUGAGGAGCCUUACCACAAGUUCUAG